AUGUUUUCAAAUAUUAUAUUGAGCGAUUCUCUUGUAUCGCCUGAUAACGGCAUUAAAAACAUCUACAGAAAGUUUCAAAAUUUGUUGGGACGCGGAAUAGACGAUAACAGUGAUAAAAUAAAUGACGACAUGUUGUCUGCUAGAGCAAGCACAGUAGCAUCUGACGACAGUUUUAUAACACCAGUUUCUUCGGUUGAUGAUUUGAUGGCAAUGUCACCAAAACGAUUAAAUGACUGCUCCGAACAAAGACAUGAAACCAGCGAUCUUCUGACGGGGUCUGAUUUUGAUAGUGUUUGUGAUAUAACAAUGAAAGAGCCCACGACAGACGACAUGUUUAUCGACGCAAAUAGCUUGGAUUAUCUUGUCAAAUGUGCAGAAUCGAACAGAUAUCAUAGCCAUAUAGAUCGCGGCAAGGAGAGUUUAUUUGUGAAAUUCGAUCCUUUGUAUGCCAGACAAAAGCUUGAGGAUGCACUCUCUGUUCAAAGUGAUUCCAUAGUUGAUUCGUCUGAGUGUGAUGUCGGCUAUGAAACUGGAAGUACAGUGUCAGUUUUUACUGACAAUCAUGUUGCACUACCGAAACACUCUGUAUCAACUGGUUCAAUUCCUUUAUUCAGUGCAAAAGAUAAACCCAUGCAAGUAGUUCCACCUGUAGUAAACAGUGAGAUUCCCAAGUCCAAUAUAAAUCAAAUAAGGUCAACCCCUGCUCUAGUGAGAAGUGUGUCUGCCAUCUUGACUCCCACUCGAGUGGCAACAGAGAGACUUAUUAGUAUAUCAGGUACUACUCCUCCUACCGCCGCACCCAGAAGCCCACGCUACCAUAACCACAGUCAUCAUCACAAUUAUACUUUUCAUGAAACUGACCAUUUACAUUCACUUAAAGUCAUCCUUCAGAAACAAGAUAGAGAGGUGCUACAGUUGAGACAAGAAAACAGAGAACUAAAGAGUUCACUGCAGGACAUGGAACACAAAUAUUCCAGAGUUGUUGAAGACUUGGAAUCUAAAGUGAAGAAAUUGACAGAUGAAAAAGAUAAUUCCCUUCAGAAGGAGCAUAAACUACUAGAACAAAUACGUGACAAAAUUUUAAGCAACAAACAAAUGAGUAUUGUUAUGGAGGAGUAUGAGAAAACUAUCUCAUCUUUAAUUGAAGAGCAACAAAGAGAGAAAAUUUUAAACCAGGAACUCAUAGAGAAAGUCACAGCUGAAAGAGAUGAAGCUUUGAAUCAUCUCGGAAAUAUGGAGAGUUCAUUCAAUGAUCUUCUUGCCAAGUAUGAAAAAUGUAAAACUGUGAUAUUAGAAACAAAAGAGAGAGAAAAAGUUUAUGAGCAGAAAAUGUUAGAGUACCAGACUGCUGUGAAGAAAUAUGAGGACCUAUAUGGCAAUCUUAAGCAGGUCACUUCGGAUGCACUAACUAAAGCUAAUGAAACUUUAGAUAACCUCAAGAAGAAUUAUAGUAUUGAAACAACUAAGCUAAAUGCUACUGUAAAGAAACAUGAGAUUACAAUAGCAUCAUUGCAGGAAUCAUUGGUCCAGAAAACAAGAGACAAUGAAGAACUAAUGAGGUUGUAUGACCAGCUAAUUAGUGAAGUACAUUAA